GGCUCACCUUAUUUCUUCUGUAUGCUCAUGCAACUUGAUUUGAGCUUUAUUAUUGUCCGUCGUGACAAAACCGUUUUAACCCUGGCGGCAGUUACUAUCACGCAGUAUUCGGUUGUGGUUUAUUAUCAUAAUAGACUGUCGUUGAGCAGUUAAUAAACCCGGCAUGAACAGAGAUUGAUUGUUGCAUUGCUGAACAGAAGGUCUUUCAAAUGCUCGUCGAAGACUUCUAGGUAAUGAAGCAUCAUGUCAGAGUUUACCCUCGAUAUCCAGCUGACAGAGUUGGGUUUUUCAAACUGGAAUUUCCCUCUGUGUGAGCCACAGAGCGUUAAAGAGAACUUUUUGCCAACCCAGAACGGCACUGAAAAGCCAGCACCAGAGACUGAAACCCCCACAGACUGUCCUGAAGAUGCCUGCAUUGUUGCGAGCUCAUCGGCUGACAAAAGCUUUCUACAGGAUCAUCAGUAUUACACUCCCUUCAAAGAUAACUCUUCAAGUAACGGAGAAACAGCUCAAAGCAAUUCCAAAAUCAGUUCCACAGAGAAGAAGGAUAAAGUCAUUUGCAAUUUGUGGAAAAGAGGAAGAGGAAGAAGAAGAGAAGGGCCAGAACAGAGAAAUGAUGAUGAUGAUGAAGAGCAAAACGGAAAAGAGGGAAUGAAAAAUAAUGACAAGAAACAGAAAUGUUCAGAUGUGAGCCAGGAAGCCUCCGGUCUCAUAAUAGAUGAUGCUGUGUCUGGUGAAGAAAUGACAGAUGAGGAUGCAGAAUUUAUUUUGACUGAUGAUGAUGUUGUGGAGGAGGAGGAAGAUGAUGUUGUGGAGGACAAGGAGGAGGAGGAGGAAGAAGAUGAUGAUGUUUCGUGGUCAGAGACAAAUGGAUCUGGAGAGAAUGAAGAGAAUCGUUGCCAUGUAUGUGAUCUCACUUUCUCCUCUCUCUUCUUACUCCGAGAACAUUUAAACAUGCAUACGGGUGUUCGCCCCUACCGCUGCGAUGAAUGCGGCAAGCAGUUCUGCCAAUUAGUCAAUUACCGUACGCACCUUCGCUCCCACUCCCAGAAGGCCUCCAUCCACUGUCGUGUUUGCUCAACCAUCUUUGAGACCGAGGAACAGCUCCAGCAGCACUUGGACACCAACCAUUUUGAGAAAGAGUUCUAUCAGUGUGAUUUUUGCAAGCAGAUUUUCACUGACCUAGAUGUGUGCAAGGGCCACGUCGAAGCACACAGGCAACAGGCAAAGCGACAUUUGUGCCUCAAAUGUGGCACUAGUUUUCGCCUUCGCAACUCACUGCUCCGUCACCUGGAAUGGCACAACAGAGGCAUCUUCUCCUGCUCGGACUGUGAGCGGACCUACUCCAGCAAGGCUUCUUUGUUACGCCACAGUUUCUCUCACUUAGGCAUCUUGCCAUAUACGUGUCUAAAGUGCAAACGUCAUUUCCGUUUACCCUCUCUCUACCACAACCACGAGUGUAAGCCCGAGAACAUCCAGUGCAUGGCGUGUUUGGUUUUCUUUCAGAGUCAAGAGGACUUUGAUAAGCAUAAGAAGGACACAGGAUGCUGGGGUCAUCAAGGAGCUUUGCCUACCAAGACAGACGAGAUCCGCUGCAUGGAAUGUGGCCAAGUCUUUGCAAGCAUUGAGGAAUUAAAGAAGCACGGAAGCACGCACCAGAGGGUCCUAAAAUGUGCUGAAUGUGGGAUGGGUUUCCGCUCGUCACUCAUGCUUAUGUCACACAUGGGAGGGCAUGCGGGACAGCGGCCGUGUUUCUGCCAGGACUGUGGCCUGGGCUUCCCACAUCAGCAGGGUUAUGACAGCCACCUGAAGACAUGUGGAGUGGUGACACCACCAGUGGCUGCUGUGAAGAAACCCAAACCAAAAGCAACUCCCUCUCCACAAAUAAUCAAGCCAAUUACUCCUAACAUAAUCAUCCAAACUGUUGCUCAAGCCUCAGCACCUGCCACAUUCCCCAGUAGCUUGAAGGGAGUCCACAUGGUUCCAUUCGGUGACAAGAAUAAGUCAGCUGAUGGUAAGUGGAAGUUUACUUUAAAUAAAGAGCCUCCUCCAGAUAUGCCUUUGGUCAUGUUUCUGCCAGUUCCCACUACACAGUUCUCAGCUACCUCAGUUCCUACCAAGAGCUCCCAAAACCUUUUACCAUCCUCUCUGGUCUUAGAAACAACCUCAUCUGCUCCACGUGUCAUUUCCAUGCCGGUGGUCCCGUCUGGCACUGUCAUUAGUAAAGAGGUAGAGAAAGACACUGUAGAGCCCAGCAGAACCAACAUUCCUUCAAACACACUCAUUCCACUGCAAAGUCAUGACCAUAUCUCUCAGAAGAGGUGGACCGUUUUAGAAGAUCAGGGUUCUGUUCAAAUGUUUGCUACAGAAAAUGUAAAGGCAGGGGAACAGGCUGCAGGUGUGACUGUAGCAAAUCAGGGAACGAAUGUUACUGCUCAAGUAGAAGUGGAGAAUAAGCAGGAAACUCAAUCAAAUUUGAAGCCUAAUGCACUGGGUGAUGAAAAAAUAGUUCCAGGUAGUUCAUCAGAAAAUGCGUCUCUGAAUCCCACGUGCCCCAAGACACCAUUAUGUCUAAUAAAGUUAAAGGAGGAGAAGGAUGGUGGUGACAACAUCAAGAAAAGCUCUUCAAAUUUGAAGGACCAUGACUCCUCACCUGUAAUGGCAGGAGUAGAAGUUUUAAAGAGAAAACCGGAAAAGCAAACGCUGGAUUCUAUGCAAACAGGCUCUCAUGAUCUAGUCUAUUGUUCUUCAGAAAUGACUUACCACAAAAAGGCCACUAAAGAUGAGAGAUUAUUCAAAGAAGUUGUGUCAUCCAACAGGAUGUGUGCAGAGUCGCAAAUGGAAUUUACUGUGACGGGGGACAAAUCAGAAAACUGUCCGCAAGGGCAAAACCAAUCUGGUUUUGAUGUAGUGGUUGAAAUCAAUGAAGAUGUGGAAUCGAGCAGCAUGGAAGUGGAGAUUGGGGAUGAAGACAGCGGAGUGGAUAUGUUGGAAGGUGAGCUUCAUGAAUGUGUGACUUGUGGACAAGUCCUUCCUGAAAAAGAUAUGAUCCAGCACUACAUGAAGCAUGCGGCCAACACAGACAGUCCUGAGCUCUCUCCUGUUAACUGUGCCUCUCACACUACAAAACCAUCCUCUCCAUGUAGUCCAUCAAGAAAACGGCUACGAUCUGGCACAGAGUUGUGACCCUUGGUUCAAGAGUAUUUCAGUUUUUUAAUUACUAUUAUUUUUAAAUGAUUUGCCGUUAUAUUACACAGACUUUACUUCCAUUCCGUUUACUUGAAAAACAGGGAUCACGGUCAUUUUUACCAAAUUGAAAUUUGGGAAAGAUUGGUGUUUGUUUAAACCAAGUGUGUUUUGAAUGUGUUCCACUUUUGCCAUUUCUUUCACAGUGUCUUUUUGUUUACAUUGUCUUCUAGAUACAAUAAAUGUAGAUCGGAAAUUUGGAAAAAUCCU